AUAUGAUAGGCUGCACUGCUGCCGAGAGGGGAAACCAUUACAAACGUUUUCGAUGCAUGAAAGCGUUUCCGUGCACGUCCUAUUUGUAAACCUCUUCACUAGGGCGAUUUUGCGCGCUCCCGUGGACUCGCCAUAGAAAACAAAGCUGAACGUCUUCCAUAACAGCUAGGGGUGCAGACUUGAGGAAUACCCGAAUUUAGUCUGCAUACAGCGAGCUGAAUAUGGAUUUACUGUGGGUGUAGCAUCGUUGGAGACCGAGCCUUCUUGGCUGGGGUGACUGCAGGACAUUAGCGAAACCACCGAAAAUAACAGCUGUCUUUUUUUCUCGGGGUGCUUUGUCUUGUCCACCUAACGAUAGCAAACCAUCACUCGUUUCAAUCGCAAGAUAUUCAGCUAGUUCUUACUAGCUGCUGCCGGGAUGUAUCAUCAUGUUGUCCCCGAAAAGUAACUGCUAAGAAGUCGGAUUGUGAAAGAAACGCAAGAAAACAUCUCCCGGGUCCCAACGGGUUGUCACCGGGACCUGAAUCUGUGUUAGCCACAGUCGCGGAACCCACUGUUUUUGGCGAUAUGGCGGAGCAAGGCUACUCAUCCUGGGCGUACUCCCUAGUUGACUCCAGUCAGGUGUCCACCUUCCUCAUUUCCAUUCUGCUCAUCGUCUAUGGCAGCUUCAGGUCAUUAAACAUGGAUUGUGAGAACCAGGACAAGGAUAAGGAUGGAAACCCUUCAACAACGGGGUCUUUCAAUAACAACAACACAAACAACAGCAUUCAGACUAUAGACUCCACACAGGCCCUGUUUCUGCCCAUAGGAGCCUCAGUGUCUCUGCUAGUCAUGUUCUUCUUCUUUGACUCUGUACAGGUGGUCUUUACCAUCUGCACUGCAGUUCUUGCAACAAUUGCAUUUGCAUUCCUUUUGUUGCCAAUGUGCCAGUAUCUGACCAGACCCUGCUCCCCACAGAACAAGAUUUCGUUUGGUUGCUGUGGGCGCUUCACUCUGGCUGAGCUCCUGUCUUUCUCGCUCUCUGUUAUGUUGGUGCUCAUCUGGGUGCUGACUGGACACUGGCUUCUCAUGGACGCUUUAGCCAUGGGCUUGUGUGUCGCCAUGAUAGCGUUUGUGCGACUUCCCAGUCUGAAGGUGUCUUGCCUGCUGCUGUCAGGACUGCUCAUUUAUGAUGUUUUCUGGGUGUUUUUCUCAGCGUACAUCUUCAAUAGUAAUGUGAUGGUCAAAGUAGCCACUCAGCCUGCUGAAAAUCCCAUAGAUGUUCUGUCCAGGAAGCUCCAUUUGGGGCCGGGGAUGGGCCGUGACGUACCCCGCCUCUCCUUGCCCGGCAAACUGGUCUUUCCUAGUUCCACAGGAAGUCACUUCUCGAUGCUGGGAAUAGGAGACAUCGUGAUGCCAGGGCUGCUGUUAUGCUUUGUCCUGCGUUAUGAUAACUACAAGAAGCAAGCGACCGGGGAAGUCCCAGGGCCCGGUAACAUGUCUGGACGCAUGCAGCGCGUCUCCUAUUUCCACUGCACUCUCAUCGGAUACUUUGUAGGACUGCUGACUGCCACUGUGGCCUCCAGGAUCCAUCGUGCUGCACAGCCCGCUCUGCUCUACCUGGUGCCCUUCACCCUGCUGCCUCUGCUCACCAUGGCCUACCUGAAGGGGGAUUUGCGGCGCAUGUGGUCCGAGCCGUUUCACGCCAAGUCUAGCAGCUCUCGCUUCCUAGAGGUAUGAUACAACUUGGGACAAGCGACCAGCACGGAGAAGUUUUUUUUUUUGUUGUUGUUGUUGUUGUUGUUGUUGUUUUGGGUUUUUUUUCUCCCUAAAUUCGAGGGAAGGAGAGAGGGCGCACUCAGUGAGGCCAUGUUGUCAUCACUCGUUCAUGCUUUCCACCAAUCUUCUGAGAAAACCCUCCGAAGGGACACCAGUGUGUGGAUCACAACGCCCUGACACAACUCAUCUUUGGUCCCUAUAUCCUCCCUGUUUCAUCUCUGCUUCCUCUCUGCUGUUUAUUUCCUCUUCACUACAGCACAUCCUGCCCAUGCUGUUUUUGUUCUGCCCCUCCCUGUCUUUGUUUUUGUUUUUUUUCCUCCCCACUGCCUUUUUCACACGUGUAUAGUUGGUCUUAUUUGCCACUUCCCUCACAUGGCCUCGUCUCAUUCGUCAGGCCUCUUCUCUCUCUGCGGUUUCCUCCUUUUUCUACGUCUUUAAUUUCCUCUGCAUCUCUCUAUGUCUAUGACUCAGAUGAACUCGAGGGCAAGGCCUCCCCUCCCCCCUUUUUGUGGACUUGCAGUUGUGAGACAUAGCAGGGGUUUAUAUAUAUUUUUUUAGCAUUGUCGUGGUCAUUAUUAUUAAUAUUAUUAUUAUUAUUAUGGAACAACUGAAAAAAAAUGGAGAAGAGGUGGAGUAUUGCAGCGACACAGGAGAAUGCCCAUGAGCAGCGACACGGUAAAGGAGAAGUCUUCCCCUUCCAUCCGUCUGCCCUCGUUCACCUUCGCUUUCUCCCAUCUGUUCCACCAUCGCUCCAUGAUGGCUUCUCCUCGGCGCUCCUGCUCUCCUCUGACACUCCCUGCGAGCUCCUCCUCUCUGUUCAUCUGCUGUCCUCAUUCCCCACCCUCACAGAUAACUAUGUAUUUUAUUUAGAAAAGUUUUAUUCUUGGCAUAUACAGAAAUGAUGCAUUAUAAAUUGUUGAGCUGCCUCCUCCCCCCAGCGUCGGCAGGGGAGGCGCUUCUAUUUGUAUAUAUGUGUACACAUGUAUUUGCGGUAUCUUGAGUUUGUAUUUGUGUUUGGGAGCAUGUUGAACAGGGUGGGAAACUGACGCCAGCCAACAGCCGAAUUUUUGGUGAAUUUUGGUGAAUUUUGACUGCCAGCUGCGUCGACAAGCGAGCGUCCAUCUAUUGGAGACAGUUUUCUAAAUGUUUGUUGACUUGUCCAAUAGAAUCAACAGAUGGAUUUUUGUGUGUGUGUGUACGGGUGUGUGGUUUAAAAAACAAAAACAAAAAAACAAGAUCAUUUGUUACUGAUCAAUGGCAAAGUUAGUUUCCUGUUCUAGUGUUAAAGUGUGUGUGUGUGUGUGUGUGUGUGUGUGUGUGUGUGUGUGUAAAAGAGCUGAACGAAUGAGUGAAUGGUUGUUUUACAUGGUUUUAAUUUGACAUCACGAACAUUUAAGUUUUGAAACAGCGAUAAUAGUCAGGUUUGCAUUGAGCUGAUUGUGUUCGAUCAAAACUUGCAUGAACUUUUACACAGAACUCACCAGAGGUCAUUUUUCUUAAGACAGGUGGAAAUGUAAACAGUGUUGUUUUUGUUUGUUUCAAAUAAAUGAAUGUUGAAGUAAAUUGAAGGUAUGCUACGUUACUUUUAUCCUGAAACUACAUGUUUCAGUGAUUUUGCACAUCCCAAAUUUACACAUUUUAUAUAUGGCCUUGAAAACACACUUCUUUCCAGCAUACACAGGUCUUUUUGUGUUUUGGCAAAAAAAAAAAAAAGAGAGAAAGAAAAACAACAACAACAAACCACAAAAAGAACAAAUCAAACGACACAUCUGAUCUGAACUCUGUAAAUGUCAGUGUUUGACCUCAGUCAAUGAAAACCUGACUAUUGUGAGGGUUUGAAAUCAAAGCCUGCUGCAGAGGAGGGUCAUUGGAUAUGAAGGCUUACUGAGAUUAAAGUAGCUACAGAUUAAAGGUUUUGUGGAUGGAUUGUGUGUGUGUGUGUGUGUGUGUGUGUGUGUGUGUGUGUGUGUGUGUGUGUGUGUGUGUGUGUGUGUGUGUGUGUGUGUGUGUGUGUGUGUGUGUGUGUGUGUGUGUGUGUGUGUGUGUGUGUGUGUUUGGACCUGUUUGAAUCCAUUGAGCUGAGUCAUGAAUCAGUCACACCAUUCAGAAAUCAGUGAAAUAAUUGAGGUUGAAGCUAACCCACAGGAUGUUUUUACUGUCACCAUUAACUGACGUUUUUUUGUUUUUCUUUUGGUCUUUCCACUGUUUUGUGGUGCUUGUCAGUUAAUAUCUAAUGUAUACUGGAAAGCGUGUGAUUGAAGAUGUCUGGAUGCAUUUUGCUGGCUUUUUGGGUUUGGUUUUUUUUGUUGUUUUUUGUUUUUUUUACUUUUUUAUGCUACCUGGCCGUGCAUGUUAAGUGUACAGUGUAUCAUUUCUCAGACUGCAUUACACAGGGCUACUGCAGUGCUGAGCUCUGCUGGCCAACACAGAGACAUUGGACCUAUGAGCUCGUGUCAGUGGGUAGGACAAAGGCUGCAGGUCAGAAGGACUUUGAUUGGUCAGCUCUGACUGAAAGUUUUGACCUGAGAACUGUCUGGUUGAUCUCCGGCAGUUCGCUCAUUGCAGUCGUCAAAACUGACAUGGAACUACAAACCCCGCCCUUCACCUCUUCAUGGACAAGGCAGAAAAUAUAUAGAUUUAUAUACACAUAUACAUACGCGUCUGUAUGUAUGUAUAUGUGUAUAUAUGCAUAUAUAAAUAACUAAUGAUGAUCAUGGUGGUUUUUGGGGGGUUUUUGUUGGGGUUUUUUUUGUUUUGUUUUGUUUUUUUUUUUAUAGAAAUUUGUUUUCUUUUUAGCCCCUCUGUAUUUUUAGUUUAGUGCUUUAGUUUUUGUUUGUUUUUUUUUUUGUUUUUCCAUCUCUCUUCCCCUCCAGCAGCGCACACGAGCUCUGUUGGUUGCGUUGAUAUUACGGCUGAAUGGAUUCUGUAUAGAAAAUGGUGAAUAAAAUAAAUUAAGAACUGUGUAGUGAAACAUGAAUCCUGAAGCGCUUGAUCUAAAAAACACUUUGUCUCCUUUUAACCCCUUUUCCCCGCCCCCUUGGCUCCUGUCCCCCCUCAUUCAGGAUUCUGCUGUAAAUAAACAUGACUCUAACUGUAA